GUAGAUCCUUCGAUUCUUCGCUGGGCCAAGAACUUGAUCAGCUUCAAUGUCGGCAACAACAGCUUUUCGGGUCCCAUUCAUUCUUCUAUCUGCAGAAGCUCCCCCUUUCUCCGUGUCUUGGAUUUCUCCCUGAAUCAAUUCAGCGGCCGUAUGUUUGAUGGGAUUGGUGUAUGCUUUAAGCUGCAGAUUUUCCGGGCGGGUUUUAAUUUUCUCUCAGGACGGCUGCCAAACGAUGUUUACCGAGUAAGAACAUUGAAGGAAAUUUCCGUGUCUAACAAUCGCUUUUCCGGGCCCAUCAAUGGUACCAUUGUUCUUCUUUCCGGCCUCAGAGUUCUUGAGCUUCAUGUGAAUGAUUUGAGUGGUGGGCUGCCGACGGAUAUCGGGUUGCUCUCCAUAUUGGAGCAACUUCAGCUGCACACCAAUAGCCUCAGUGGCAUUCUGCCUCCUUCUUUGAUGGAUUGCACCAACUUGACAACUCUGCUCUUGAGAAACAAUCUGUUUAGACGACAACUUUCCAGUCUUGAUUUCUGUAAACUCCAGAGAUUACAAACCACUGAUUUAGGGAACAAUAGCUUAGUGGGAAGAAUUCCGGAUAGCUUGUGCUUGUGCAGGUCAGUGACUAGUGUCCGAUUGGCAAUCAACGGGCUGGUGGGUGAAAUCCCUCCUUGCAUGACUUCACUAAGAUCUCUAACAGCCACUAAUAACCUGUCUAAUAUUGUUGGAGCUCUGAAGACUCUUAGUAAUUGUGACAAUUUAAAAGUUUUGUCAAUGUGAGCUGCUUCCAUGAUGAAACCACGAUCGAUGAUAAGGACCUAUGGCAUCAAAGUGGCUUUCAAAAUCUGCAAAUUGAAGGA